CUGAUUUCCUCUUAUCUAGACUAGUGACAAAUGUGUGUCCUUUUUCUGCUGCUACUGCAGACUUUGAUGGGAUUUGGAGACUGGGACGUGAAAGCACGGAUCGUCCUGCACAAGAGAAGCCAAAGGUGGAUUUAAAGUGAAACCUAAAAGUUGUAUGUGGCCAAAGAUCACCUGAUUCCAACAAACAUGGAUGGAAGACCCACCUGUGACCAGUGUGGAAAGACUUUCACCAAAACAAGUCACCUAAAAAGACACCAACACAGCCACACUGGAGAAAGACCAUAUGAGUGUGACCAGUGUGGAAAUACUUUCACCACAGCAAGUAACCUAAAAAUCCACCAACGCAUCCACACUGGAGAAAAACCAUAUAAAUGUGACCAGUGUGGAAAGACUUUCACCACAGGAAGAGCCCUUAAAAUCCACCGACGCAUCCACACUGGAGAAAGACCAUAUGUCUGUGACCAGUGUGGGAAGUUUUUCACCAGAGCAAGUCACCUAAAAACCCACCAACGCACCCACACUGGAGAAAGACCAUAUGAGUGUGACCAUUGUGGGAAGUUUUUCACCAGAGCAAGUCACCUAAAAAUCCACCAACGCAUCCACACUGGAGAAAGACCUUAUGAGUGUGUCCAGUGUGGAAAGACUUUCAUCACAGCUAAUCGCCUAAAAAUCCACCAACGCAUCCACACUGGAGAAAGGCCAUAUAACUGUGACCAGUGUGGGAAGUUUUUCACCCAAGCUAAUCAUCUAAAAACCCACCAGUGGGCCCACACUGGAGGAAAACCACACCAGCACAGAUUUCUUGACAGAUCUUUCAUCACAGUUUCAAAAUGUGCUAAACAUGAACGUGUCAAACAUUUCUACAAAGGACAAAAAUUGAACAGUUGUGAAAAAAUUAGUAAAACAUUGGACUCUAGUGGAAAGAGUCAGUGUCAUAACACACCUAAACAAUUUGAAUGUUUCCAGUGUGAUGAAAGAUUCUCAUCCUCUGCCCUUCGCUAUCAUCAGCGCAGAUGUGUAUCAUCAACGUCUGGACCAAAAUGUCCCUCAGCAUCAGAUGAUAAGAAGAAACACAGUGUGUGUGAACCAGCAGCACUCACUUCUGACAAGAACAUCAGACUUAAUAACCUCCAGAUCAGACUUCACAGAAUCCAGAUGUGAAGACAAACAUCAGACUGAAGGCUGUGUUUUGUUGUCCUCAGAGUACAGAAGUGUGUUCUAAUGCACCACCUUCACAAAACAGUGAUAUUACUGAACCUCAACCUGCCGCGAGGUGAAAAGUUCAACUAGAGGAGGUCAACAAGGACCACCGAAGGAGACGUUACAAUGAGUCAGUGCUCCAUCUAGUGGUCCAAUCUGGUACUGGUCUGGUCCAGCGGUAACCUUAACAUCAAACUGGAUUCGACAUUUUUCCGCUGGUCUAACCCUGACCAGCAGAAUGUGACUGAUUUGAUUGAAAAUAUGUUGAACUGCUGAUGACUGUGGUAAAGAACCACCACUGGAUGAAUCAGAAAGCUCAGGACAUCAGUGGAACUGGAACAAACAUUUAGUCAUGUUCUGUUGUUCAAUGUUCUGCUUACAGGGUGGGGAAGCAAAAUUUACAAUGAACAUUUAGUUGUUUUUUCUCAGCAGGCACUACGUCAAUUGUUUUGAAACCAAACAUAUAUUGAUGUCAUAAU